AUGGGAAGAGAGAACUUCUUCAUCGUCCGUUCAAAUCUCAAAGUUGGAGAUUUAGUUGAAAUUAUUGAAAAGGGAGAGAAUUGUUACUACAAGAUUGGUAAAGGAAGAGUUCAAUCAUUCACUUCAACUAAUUGCAGUUUAAAUGACAUUAUAUUUCACGUUCCAUCCUUCGUUCAAGAUCAAAAGAAGACGAUUUUUGAUAUUUCAUGCCUUUCAUUAAUUGAAGAUCGAACCAAUCAUGCUCCUAUGAUUCAAAAUGCUUUUUCUACGGUUCAGCAAGGAUGUACUCCCGUCUCCUUAUUUUCCAUGAAUUAUGACACUGAAGUCGAUGAUGACAAGAUUGAUGACAAUGAAGUUCUCUCUAUAACUCCACCGGAAAUUUCGGAUUCAAGAACAAACUCAAAUUCAAAUGUUGAAGAGAGUGAUUCUCCUUUGCAAAAUGAGCCCAAGUCUACAGAACCUACUGAUCAUAAGAAUUUCGCUAGUGAUAUCUUUUUCCUUCAGCAAGUCAAAGACCUCAGAGAGAAAAACGAGGCCUUAUCAUUGGAAAACAAACAGCUAAAAGAAUUAAUCAUCAAAUUGAAUAAGCCAUUGAACGCAUUAAUUGCUCUUCAAUUACAAUACCCGAAUGUUCUUCCAAGCAAAACAAUUUCUGUCACAUAUGGUGCUAUUAUUGAUGAAUUUAAGUCGAACUUUAAAACACAACGCAUCAAAGAAAGAGCACGAAUCCAAAACCAAGAGCAAGCAGUCGUUGUAAAAUCUUGCAUUACAUAA